AUGGGAGUCCUCAAGGUUCGAAGCCUACUAUGCUUGCUAUUUAUCAUGCUAAUCCUCUUGGUUCCUGGCUCUGAUGCCAAGACUUGCAAGGAGGCUAGCGAGAGAUAUACCAAAGAUUGCAGUGAUUAUCCAUGUGUUUCGGCCUGCCACAAGGAGGGAUUUGUUGAUGGGAAGUGUGAGAUGCUCUGGGCAAGACCCGUUAUUCUCAGAUGUUUCUGCAUAUCGAAUUCUUGCUGA